AUGCUCCCCAGCGACGAGACUACCGCUCGACUACUGACAGCCUUUGCGGCGGGGAUAGCAGCGCAUGUCACCAUCUUCCGCCUGGGCGAGUGGGACGUCGCCGCCGCCAAAAUCCCCGCCAGCCUCUUCCUCGUCCAGUUCGGCCUAUUUAUCUACUACCUCUUCUUCGCCGGACCCCCCACGGCGCCCGGGACAGCUCUCUGGCUCGUGGGGCAAGUCACUGCUGCCCUGAUCGCGGGAACCAGCACCAGCAUCCUUGUCUACCGCGCCUUGUUCCACCGCCUGAAUAGCUUCCCCGGCCCGUUUCCUGCCCGCCUGUCGAUAUGGUACGUGACGAGCCUCUACGCCCGCAACCCGGACGCCUUCAACACCAUCCGCGGCCUGCACCAGCGGUACGGCGACUUUGUGCGCACCGGGCCGACCGAGCUCUCGGUAAACCACCCGGAUGCGUUGCACGCGGUGCACUCCGGGCGGAGCGAGUGUACGAAGGGCCCGUGGUAUAGCAUGCUGCAUCCGUUCAUCUCGCUAUUUGCCAUCCGGGACAAGGCGGAGCAUAGUCGACGACGCAAGCCGUGGGAGCUGGCGUUCCGGCCGAAUGCGGUCCUGGAGUACCUACCUGCGCUGGAGAAGGGAACGAACGAGCUGGUGCAGCAGGUCGAGAAGAACCAAGGCAAGCCAAUGGACAUGACCUACUGGAUCAACCUGUUCACCUUUGACUUGACCGGCCGCAUCGCCUUCAGCCAAGAGUACGAGUGCGUGAAGUACAACAAGAAACACCCGAUCAUGGAGAUCAACGACUCGUCGAACCUGGUGACCGGGGUCGUCAGCCAAGUCGUGUGGCUGAUCUCGUUCAUCAAGGCGACGCCGGGCCUGAACGCCAACAUGAAAGCCUUGAUCGGGUUCUCCGAGGAGCAAGUGCAGAACCGCCAGAAGAUGCAGACGCACGGGCGGCGCGACGUGUUCUCGUGGCUGUGGGAGGACUUCCAAGAACAGGGGAUUGAGACGCCGCAGUCGCGGCUGGAUUUGGUGGCUGAUGCCUCGCUGGUGAUUUUUGCCGGAAGUGGCACCGUCGCCGUAACGAUCAUCGGCUGCCUGUACUUCCUGACCACCUCCUCGCCCACCUAUCUCCAGCAGAUCCGCGAGGAACUCGCCGCCCUGCCCGAGCUCAACUCGCACACCCUGACCAAAGCGACCACCCUCAACGCCGUGAUCAACGAGACCCUGCGUCUGCACUACCCGGCCCUCUCGGGCUUCCAGCGCCAGACCCCGCCGGAGGGGAUCACCAUCGGCGGCCGCUACAUCCCCGGCCACACCAACAUCAAGAUCCCCUUCUAUACGCUCUUCCGCGACGAGCGCAACUUCGCGCACCCCGAGAAGUUCAUCCCGGAGCGCUGGACCACCAAGAAGGAGCUGGUGCGCAACCCCGAGGCGUUCGCGCCGUUCCUGCUGGGUCCGUAUAAUUGUCUCGGCAAGAGCCUGGCGCUGAUGCAGGUGCGCCAUGUCCUGGUGGAGUUGAUCAGGCGGUAUGAGAUUGAGCUGGCGCCGGGGGCGGAUCCGGACGCGUAUUGGAGGGACAGGACCGAUGGGUUUGUUAUGGGGCUGGCGCCGUUGGAGUUGGUGUUUAAGGAGAGGGAGGCGCCGGCUCUGUAG